UGUUUGGUAGCGGCCCGCCCCUCACGGUGUGGCGCGUCCUGACGCUUUUCCACGUCGCCGCUCUGCUUCAUAGGCGAACCAGCUGCGUGUGUAUGCGUGUCUCCAGCUAGGCCAGAGAGUGAUGGCGGCGCCCGUCUUGAGAGUGUCCACCCCUCGGUGGGAAAGAAUAGCCCGGCUCCUUGUCUGCCUGCUGGGCAUUCUCCUUUCUCUGUAUGCGUUUCACGUCGAGAGGGAAAAGGCCCGGGACCCGACUUAUGAGGCCAUGUGCGACGUCAGCACCUCCAUCAGCUGCUCGAAAGUGUUCAGCUCCAGGUGGGGUCGAGGAUUUGGACUCCUGGGCUCAAUUUUUGGGAACGAUAGUGCGCUGAACCAACCCAACAGUGUCUACGGGAUACUCUUUUAUGCUUUUCAGCUCUUACUAGGAAUGACCGUCAGCGCAAUGGCCGCCCUUUUCCUCAUGACGACGUCCAUCUUGUCGGUGGUGGGUUCGCUCUACCUGGGCUACAUCCUCUACUUUGUCCUAAAGGACUUCUGCGUCAUCUGCAUCACCACAUACGCGCUGAACUUCAUUCUGUUUAUCCUCAACUACAAGCGACUGGUUUACUUGAAUGAAGCCUGGAAGCAGCAGCUUCAGGUCAAACAGGACUGAGCUUCCGAGAGGGGGCGCGACUUCAAAGUCAAAAAGAAAAAAGAAAAGCAACCUGAUAACAAAAUAUUAAAUGAAAAAAAGAGGAAAAAGUAACGCAACCUCUGAACAUUUGACUUGCCACCAGGAGACCUUGCUUCCAAACAAUGUUUAUUCUGCUGUGUGUUAAAAAAUGAAGAAAUUUAACUUAAAUGUUGGGCCUGACAUCUCAAUAUUGAUUGCAAACUCUGAAGGAUUUGUAAGUGAAAGAUGGCUUUUGUUCCAUUUGAUCUCCCCCCCUCCCCUCCAUUUAACCUCUCACUCAUGGGCCCAGCUGCCUGCGGGUUUGGGCGGGAAACACAACGCUGCUGAGGUGGAAGUACCUGCACAAGAUGCAGAGAUAGUGGACAGCUCUGGUCUGAACAAAAAAAAAAACGGAUCGCAGACUGGAAGAAGAGGAGACGGGACAUUAAACGGUGAAAUUGAUAGAGAUCAUCUGUACUCGGAGCUGAGAAAAAGUCCCCAAAACAAAACGCCCAUUUGAUUACCGUGUAAGUCUGCAGAUAGGGUUUUUACAGCAGGUUGAGAAGAGGACGAUGCAACAAUUACCAUUUAUAAACGAUGAUUUGUUUUUUUUUUCUUUUUUCUUCCAUGUUUACACUUUGUAGUACUUUUUGUUUUUUGAUGAGGACCACUAAAUAAAACAUGGGACAAUGUGAGAUACUGUGUGUAGACCAGUCAGAUGUUUUUUGCAAUUCUGUAAAUAGCUGCCGAGCAAUACAAUGGGCUACAUCAUGGCAUAAACGACACAAAACCCCAACCAACAAAGCUUAACCGGUAAAAGGAUGACAGAAGAUCUGUAGGGUCGCGUCUGGGUGGAUGAGUCCCAGGAUGCGCUCGGGACGUCUUCCUGCUCCGUAACAGCCUGGUCGGGCUUGCGGUCCGGAAGGCUCUCUUUGUUUUUAGAAGUGGAAGUAAUUGCAUCAGAAACAGAUCUGCGGGUUUGUCACCCUUUGCUCAAAAGCACCCUCACUCUUAUUUUCGUCGUGUGUAAAGCAUUCCUGACCACCACACAAGUGGGAUUCUUUGAGACUUAUGUGCCUAAAGGAGUGUUAAUGUGAAUUAACUUUUUGUUGAAUAUUUUAGUUUUGGGGAAAAUCGGGAGGGAGUUGAUGUCGACACCAAUUUUUCCUCAUUGUUUUAUCGUCACAGGGGACAUUUUGUUCUUGUAAAUGAAGAGCAAUGGCAUGGGCCGGUGUGGGACUCUCCCGGUAAAACUACAGUAUCACAAAUUUCAGUGUUUGUGAAGCAGAAUAUAAUCCCUUUUUUGCAGUUCUGUUUUUUUAUAGAGUAACAAUGCUACUAAACAAGCUGGUGCUAGCUGGGGAAUCAGUCAGCCUAUCUCCAGUUAGCUUCCAAAAAGCCACUUGUAGUUUGCCAACUUGUAAGGAAUAAGCAGUGUUAAGCAGUAGUUUAUGGACAGAGCUACUUUAGUACACUUCUUUCAGCCUGCUGGCUGUUGGUGUGUAGCAACUGUUGCUACACACCAAGGAAAACUGGUCAACAAAACACUUUCUUUGGUUUGAGUUAAGGUGGGCUAGCAUUAGCUGGUUAGUCAGGCUACCUGCUCAGGCAGCUCACCAAUUUCUCCUUUGAAAAAGUUCCAAACAACCCAAUUUGUCUUUUUAACCCUCCAUGCAACACUCAGGAGGAGUGUGCCAAAUGACUGGACAGUGGGCAAGUGGUGAGGGGGGCCUGUCAGGCCAUCAGUUCCCGAAACCACACACAAAACUGGUAAAAAUGCACCCUGCGGUAUAAAAAAAUAAUUGGAUCCAGUCUCUUAUGACCGUGUUAGGGUUAAGGUAGCUGACUGGCUUUGAUCAGCAGCAUAAGUGAGAGGGGAAGCGUUGCAUUUUUUUUUUCUUUUUUUUACGCUCCAUGGAGUCAAAGACAAAGAAUAGCUUUGACUUUCUUUCUUUGCCAUCUCAUUAAAAUGAUCUAAAUCAGGAACACUGUAACAAGAAAUUUUUAUUUUUUUUUAUUUUUUAUUUUUUUAAACCUUGGUAUACUUUGAUCACGAUAAUCGGUCCAUGCCUGGAAGAUGCCACUGAAGUGUUUGUCCCUCUCGUCGUCUCACGAGGUAGCAAUAGGCUGCUACACUGUGACCGUCUGCGUAUGAGACGAAGUGGCCCACUGACGGAGGCGUCUUUGGCCUCGCGGUUACACUAAAAUUGCCUGGCUUUCGCAUACGGUUGGUGGGGUGUUGGUUGAACGGUCCCAUGAAAAACGAAAACUAGUGCACUGUUGAUGUGAACUGCACAUGUGAACCAAGGAGUUAGAUUUACUAAAGAACUAAAUGUUGCGUUUAAGCCAUAUGUGGAUUGUUUUUGGGUUUUUUUGUUCUGAUAAGACAACCAAGUCCCUCACUGUUGUUUUAAAUGGCACCAAGUUUUAGAUCUAACAUAGCUGAAAGCAGAACUAGACCUCUCUACGGAGAAAGCAGAUGUAGCUUCUAGAGAUUCAUUUUUCUUCCAUCCAGAGGUUAUCGUUUUUUUCUUUUCCUUUUCCUUCACAUGGCCAUAACACAGUCUUACACUUUCAAAGAUCUGUAACAGUCACUGUAAUAAAUGUAAUGGUGUGAUUCAUCUGUGGUAAUAAACCAUCUCGCCUGUGGUUCCCUUAGUA